UUCGCCUCGUUCGGCCGACAUCUGCGAUCAGGGUUCCGCGUUCAUCCCGCAAGAUAAGCUCUUGGAGUCCGGAGCGUCGGGCUUCCAGAACGCUUCCAGAUACCGUCAGCGCGGGACCGAGCAUGACGCCCCGACGGUCGCUUCUUUUGUGGACUGGUGUGGUUUUCUGCGCAUUCCUGCAGCUUGUGGUCGGCCAAAUGGAAGCCAUGGAUGCCAGAGAUCACUUGAGGAUCGUCCACGACAAGCCCGAUCGCACUGACGUUCCCAGCAGUAGCAAGAGCUCUCAUCCAGAAUUCAGCCGUCAGUCAGCGCUGGCCUUACUGCGGCGACAUUGGUUACUACACCGUUGAGCACCACCAACGUCUCCAACGGGACACCAGGGACGGCACUGCCCCUCGGCUUCGGGUCGGAUUGCUCGCACGAAAGACAGUGCAACGCACUUCUCGGUCUCGCCUGCAUCAGCAACGAGAACGGCCCGCCAAUGUGCGCCUGCGCUUCAUCGGCACCCGUCUACAUCAAUGAGGGUGGCGUCCAGAAGUGUGUCCGAGCCAAAAACCUCAACGAAGCGUGCGUCAGCAACCAGGAGUGCAGCUUCGACAACCCUAACGUGCAGUGCAUCAACUCCUUCUGCAACUGCUCGCACCCAUUCCAGUUGACAGCAGCGAGGCACUGCCUGUUGCCUUCAAAUCAAGGAGGUGACAUCUUCACCAUCGCCCUUAGCGUGAUGCUGGCCUUGGCAUUGCUGCUCCUUGUUGCUGGCUACGCGUAUCAAAAGAUGGUGCGCGAACGUGCCGGUUCCAGCAGCAGCACCAGCACCAGUAGCGGCAGCCGCCGCUCGAAGCGCAAACGGAAGCGUGACGCAGACGUUUCGACCACCUCUUCAACGGCUUGCAUUCUGACCAAAGACAGGCCCUUGCCGGACGUCGACAGCGAGGGGGAGUACUCGGCGGGGGACGAAGAAGGCAGCGAGGAACACGGCGAGUCGAGGCGACAGGCACGCGUCGUCCAGCAUGGCUCGUACUUGCGGGAGCACUCGUUGGUGCCACCUCGUCAUCCGCCCCUUUACAUCAGUCAGCAGGCUGCCAAGGGUCGCAAGGUGGCGGGUUUACCGACGGUACAAGAGACGGAGAGUUCCUCUUCCGAGGGUGACGAACAGCUGCACUCCAGCAGCAGCUCCGUCGCAGACAAGCCGGAAAGAGAUUCACGUGCCACGCCGCUGUAUCGGACAUGCAAGGGACGACACCUGCCCAUCCUGGCGGAGCGAAAGACAGGUCUCGAGCUCCGCUACGACGAACCCGACUGCAGCAGCUCAUCCCCAAUGCACAUGCUUCGACCCAAGGACGAGCAGAUGCAGAGGAUCCUCGGCAAGCAGCAGGUCGUGGUGACCAUUGAAACGCACGAACGGAGGUCCCUCGGAACUGCCCCAAGCCCUCCGCCCAUAGUGUCGCUGCGGAGGCGAGAGCUUCCUCUUUCGGAGUCCACGGACGACUCAUUCAUGAAGGACCUCAAGCGCCGCCUCAGUCUCAAGGCUCGGUUCAGUGACGACCUCUGCGGAUUGACGCCGGUGAUGCGGUCGGCAUCCGCCGAACCAAUACGUGUCGCGGCUGGUGCCGUUCAGUGCGACGCCGCUCAAGGCACUCCAGCAGAAGCUGGUCCACAGAAGGCGGAGACAGUCGCCAAGGCGCAGCGGGACGCCGAACCGCCGACUGCUGGGGUGACAUUCGGCACCAGUGUUCCUGUUCACGGGUUCACCGUGUCAACCAAGCCUGCAAAAAAGCAGAUUGCGGACAUCGAGCACCGGGAUAAAGGACCGGAGAAGGCGAUAGAAAAGGCUGCGGCAACUGACAAUACCUCAAAGUUGGGCCAGGAACAUCGCACUGAAAACAGCCAGCCUCCAUUGCAGUUGGCCGAUAAGAGAGACCACUUCAGCACAAUGCCGGACAGAAGCUCGUUGAACGCGGGCGCGCACAACGCGAAGAGGAGGCGCGCAUCCUCGCCACCUGUAUUGAAAAGUUCCGGCAUUGAGGGCAGAACAGAGCCAAACAAGACCAAAACCGUCUUGCUUCCACCCGCUGCACGAGCCGAUAAGGUCGAGGGCAACGUGACUCGGCAAAGUCGGGUACCAGUCACAGUUGCCGCUGCCGGCACGAAUUUCGAGAAAAAGGGAAACGAAGUGAAAAUGCAGUGUCCGGAACCUAACACUGCUAGCGUGCUCACCGAGUUGGAUGCUGCAAAACAACUUUCUGAAAACAGUAACGUCAACAAGCGUCCCGCGCAGCCUGUUCCCAAGGGUACGAAUGCUUGUAUGAGCUCACCGGAAAUCGCUGACUGUAAGACACCUAGUCAAAAAGAAAGGCUGAAAGAUGAGCUUGUCGAUGCUGGCGCGGGAAAAUUGCAGCAGAAGCAAAGUGACCACCUCAAUAUCGAAGAAGUCGGCGAAUUGGCUCGCUUACUUUCUAGGCUGAUAAGAAAACACGAAUACUUCGAGCAUACUUCGUCAGCCGAAGACAGCGCGAACAGCGCUCCCCAGCGGCCGCUCAAGAGCAAGCGGGACAGGGCGAAACAUUCUCGCAGCACCUACGGUGGAAUGAAAAAGGGCUGCAGGGCCACAGAACCCACUGAAGGGAGUUCUGUGGGAACCUCCCUUCAACAUUUCGCUGAAGUCAUCAUCGGCAAAGUUAAUCAGCAGUCAGUAACUCAGAAAUCGGGUUUGCCAGUUCAGCCUGACGUCAGCAUGGCGAAACUUUCGCUGGAACCGACCACUCAGCACAAACUGCUUAGCAUGGAGGCAUUUGUGCGCAAGACAGCACAGCCGGAGGCACCGGAGCUGAUAGAGGCAGUGUCUGGCAAAAAUCUUGCUAACAUGAAGCAAAAUACACCCUUACAAGCUGACCGGCCUUCUCUGAACCAGAGCACAGAAAGCACCAUCAGUGAAAUGAAGUCACAAGAAGAGAUCACGCCUGCGGAGCAGUCGUCGCUGCAGACUACAGUCACAGAGAGCAGCGCUGACGAUGCAAAGUACGGCUCUGACAGGAUAGGCGGGAGAACACCAAAGCCGAUACCAGUCAGCGUGCCUCAAGACUAUCGCGGCUGGGUCCCUAUAGGGGCCGCUUACGCUGCACAAAGACCGCCCAAGAGUGGGGCAUCUGGAGGGCUGACCGAACUGGUCGGAAAUACCAGCGGAGUGAGGGACAUUUCGAUGACGUUCUCGGAUGGCGGUGGUAUCCAAAGCGUGCUCCGAAAGAAGCCCUCGGUGUCGUCCACUCUGUCAGAGACUACACCAUCGCUUUCAGCGCAAAAUCCGUACCAGGAGUACAUGGCGAAGCAGCUUCAGCCUGUAGUGCACUUUGCCGAGAGACCAUUUGCGGAAGUUCUCGCCAGCAUGGAGAGCGAGAUAACCAGCAUGUUCAAAGAUGACGCGACAACUGGCGUUCAGGGCCCCGAAAAAGGGCGGGACAAGUCGUCUCCAAGCAGCGCUCCGCAAUGCUCGACCCAGUCGACUAUGAAUGAUGAGAAGCUCGAUGAAACAGCCAUCGAGAGUUCGUCAAAAGGAGCCUCUGAAACGGACUCCAGUAAAGCCGUCGCCAGCGGAGACCUAGCUGAGACAUCGGGCCGCGUCGCAUCCACUGCAGCCCCGCCAGUCGGCAAGAUCCCGGUUUCGUCCAAGGCAGUGACGACGUCGACUUCGAACGAGAGCGACGAGGCGUCCAAGGAGGCUCCUAGGGCGCUGCCCACCUUCUGCGACUCGGACGAGGGCGCGGUGCCACCGUCCGAGUCCAUGUCGCUUUCGUUCGUCUCCUCCAACUCCAGCUGCAACGCGGUGCACCGCCUAACUGAUCUGGUCGACCUUCAAAGGUUGCAGCACAGUGCGACGGCGGCGACUCACGAGACGGGUGACGGCGGCGUCGUGCUAGGCAUGCCGCUACCCCGGCUGACGUCCUCGUCGGCGGCGCAGAUGGAGAGCUCGCGGCAACCCGCGUCAUCGUUGACGGAGUGCGGCGCUCAGGCUCUGCUACUGACGGAGCCAGCGGGUCGCUCUGGCUGGCCUCAGCUCAGGAAGACUCGGAGACGCGACGUUGGUCACCGCGUGUCUACGGACCGUCCAUGGACGGAGGACGUCAAGAAGGUUGUAAUGCUGGGCAACAAGCACUACCUGCAACAGCACGCGGGGCGCCGUCCCAUCGCCAAGUCGGCGACCACCUUUGACGAGACGCAGUGUGUGCUCUUCAAGAUCGAGGACCAUGUGCUGCCCGAUACGACGGCUUCACCGGUGGCCCACGAUGCUCCCCACAGCAUGAGCAUGUCUGGCGAGCUGAAUCGGGAAAGCUGCGAGUCCACACUGGAGCUGUUGUUCCGGCGGUGCACCUUUUCCUCGGCGAGGGAAGUCGACACGCUGGCGUCUGAGGAUAACAAUUUCGAGCAGCCGCUCAGUCUGAGUGACUUGAUCUUGCUGCAGCACCCGGAGGUUGGCCUCAGGAACUUUAUUGUAGUCGACGUUUCUAAGACUGCCGACGCGCCCUCGCUGACAGCACUUUCCUCGGCCGCGGCUACGCCUGCCGAGGGCGGAGCAGAGCGCCAAGGUGUAGUGCUGGAAGCUCAGCCCGAGGACAAGCAGGCGCCGGAUUUGAUCACCAACCACAAAUCCCGUGCCAAUGAGCCGAUGUCCGAGGAGACGCGUCUGACGGCAGCUGCAGUCGGGAUUUGGCGAGAGCCAUUUCUUGCUGCAACGGUGGCAGGAAGUAAAGACUCGGACGCUCUCCGGAAGCCCCAGCGUCCGAGCCUCACCAAGUCGGCAGCCGAGGCCACCGACCAUGAGCGCCGGCUGGAGCAAGAAAGUGCGGGUGCGGCCGCGGAAGCAGCAGCGGCCAGGGCGACGGAGCCGAAGGUUCGUUUCGCCCCGCCGCUGGCUUCGCGACACGUCGUCUUUCUGCCCGAUUGCGCGGCAGCCAUACGUCUUCCAGGUGGCGUGAUCCGCAGCGUACGUCCGGGGCAACAAGCCUUCAGCACUGCAUCGCCGCAAGGCAGAGGGGCGAUCAGGGCCGACCACAGGAGUCGGCAGCUUCUGCUGGCCACGGCCCUGGACGAACCUUGCUUCGAGUCCAUCUACAACGCCAUCUUGCAGCAGCCGCCCCAAGUGACCGCCGCUCUGGAGCCCAUUGUGCCGGGAGAGGUUCCGAGCCCUGCAAGGGCGACACGGGCCGUCUCGUUCGACGACUCGCUUACCACCGUUGUGCACCUGGAGCCGCCACCAGAGUCGUUAACGUACGACGUCGCCGACGCGACAGCGGGGUCCGAGCCGGAGGCGCCUUCGCAGUGGCGCAAGGCGAGGCGCCAGUCUAGCCUCUGCCGCUUCUUGUCGGGCUCGCGUCUGCAGGCGCCGCCGGGGAGCCCCGGCAUCGAAGGUGCCAAAGUCGCGUGCGGUACAGCCCGCAAGACGAUUAGGUUCGGCGGCCCUGGCCAGCUGGCCCCUGCGCUGGCUCGCCCUGGUGCCGCCAAGGACGCUGGCGCGGAAGGCACGUUCCCAGCAGGCGGCGGCAGCGGUAGGCGCGACACCCCGACUCCGCUGAUGUCGACUUUCUAUUCGUUCGAGGACACCGGCUCCGAGCUAUCCUUCCUACCGGAGUCGAGCAAUUUCGACAAGUCAGGGUCGGCCGCGGCCUCGCAGCGCCGCGACGACCACAAGCAUUGCGACGAAGCCUAUGCCCCGCGUCCGGCAUGAACCGCGCCUGUGCGCUGCCGAUCGGCAGUAUAUGUUCUGGCUGCAUUCAAUUACGCGUAUUCAAUAAAUGCUCUGAGAAAAGCGAGUGCUAGCACAACUGGGCAAAAGCUGUACUUACGUGUCCAAUGAAGUCGGAGAUCCGUGCCCCUCCAAGUCAGUGCAACCCGUACAUUAUACAAUUUAGAUCUUCACCUAUACGUUCACCUUCUAAUAUAUAGCAAACUCAUCAAGG